CGCACGGUCGCCACGGUGUGAGGACGUGCGCUUGACGCUUCUCGGCGCGUGCACUUGCCGGAGGGACAGAAGGCGAGAGAUACCGGCGGUCCGUGUCGCCUUGCUCGUGCACCUCAUCACACCACGGUCUGUCCAUGCGAAUACCGAACGACUGCCAGUCAUGAUCUCCGCCGAGACGCGUUAUCUUCUACCUAGCACGCUCCUCCUGCUGUGCAACCUCGUGGUCGCGACGUACGCCCGGUCCUGGGACUUGGCCGUGGUGAUCGGUAACGAAAUCGACUUUUUCGCGCGUAACAGUACACCUAUGGGCCAUGCCAGCAUCGGAGAAGCAAUUGCUCUGACCGGAGUAACGUACGAUGAUACCACACGAACGAUGUAUUUGUCUGACGUAAAGAACAACGUGUCUAUAUUCAGCAACGACCUCACGGAGAGGAAUUUCACGUCAACGCCCCUGUUGAAAAAAGAGAAGGGAAUGCACGUCGACGGGAUCGUUUUCGACGCGCCAUCGCGCACUUUGCUCUGGGUUGACGCCUUGAAGGAGAUCAUCGGGAAGAUGCACGUGCCGCUGAACGGUGAACCGGGCGAUCCUGUCGUUUUGCACAAUCUCACCGGGAGCAAUCCACGUGGUAUCGCCCUCGACGUGUGUAACAGCCGCAUAUACUGGGUGAACAGCAACAUCUCGAAUCCCAGUAUCGAGUGUUCUAAUCUCGACGGAAGCAAUCGGAUGAUUGUCACCAGGGAGAAUCUGUACGAGCCCCUGGCGGUGGCGAUCGACCACGCGGAGCGGAAGCUGUACUGGAUCGACGAUGUCGAGGGGAUCCACUUCAGGAUCGAGCGUAGCAACUUGGACGGCAGCCAGCGGGAGUUGCUGGUUCAGAACAAGCGUCAGCAGCCGGUCCAUCUGGCGGUGGACAACGAGGCGAUAUACUGGUCCGAUUUGGUGCACAGCGCGGUCUGGACCAUGCCGAAAAACGCCAAGCCUGAGGAUUACCCGACCAAGUUCAAAUCGUACUACGACCCCAGGAGGGACGCCGAUCCGGCCGGCAUCGUUACGCGCGACAACGUCGGUCGGAUCGAUUGCGUGACGAUACCGUCGGCGACAGAGAAGAAAAUGAAAUUAGCGCUCGCUUCACGACCGGCGCCUGAAACGUUCAAUAAUUUAACUACUAGCACGGAGGAAUCGGAUUUGACCACCGAGAGCUCCAAGUACUGCCUAAACGACGGCCAACUGAACAAAACAAGCGACACAUGUCGAUGCAAACCAGGGUUCACUGGACCCUUUUGCGAAAUUUCUCUAUGUCAUAAUUACUGCCUACGUGGUAAAUGUACUGUAGACCAUCGCGGACUUCCCGAAUGCAAAUGCACGGGCACGUUUAGCGGCGCCCGCUGCGAGACGGAUGUUUGCAAUGGUUACUGCCUUUACGACGGCGAGUGUUCCGUCCAAGAUGGAAGGCCAUUCUGUAACUGUAAAUAUUCCAAAGGGGCCCGAUGCGAGGAGCCGAACGACGUCGCGGAGAUCUGCGCGAUCUAUUGCGCGAGCGAUCGCGUCGAAUUACCCAGCAUCAGCGUAACAUCGUGCAGGUGUACGGACUCUAAUCAAACGGCCGAAAGAAUUACGCUUACCAACAGUUUCCAGAAUGAUAUGCUGCUACCGAUAUUCGUAGCCCUCACCGCUCUGUUUCUUCUAAUGAUCAUCGUACUUAGUUACUACGUGAACAAAUUACGGAGGCGACCGCGAAUCAAGAGGCACUACGUGGUCAGUAAGGGUGUCACGCCGCUCACAUCCCGACCGCAGAUACCGAGCAAUCAGUGCGAAAUUACCAUAGAGAAUUGCUGCAACAUGAAUAUCUGCGAAACUCCGUGUUUCGAACCGAAAUUACGAAAUGGUGUGCCGAGGAGCAAUAGUAUGAAAAAGGAAGAGAAGAACUCCUUGUUGGAUAAUAUGGAAGGUAAUUCGUGCUAGCACAUGCUACUCUCGUCUCGUCGCAUGAAAUGGCGAAAGCUCUGCGCGAUCUUUGCACCGUGUUGGAGAUCGUAUUCACGGGACUGUUCCGCGUCUGUAUAUAAUACGGCGACGAACUUUAGUAUUGUUGUUAAGUUUGAAAACAUCCGUGUUGAUGGGAUACGCACGAGCGCGCUAUAUCGACAACGAUUUCGCUCCAUCUUGGAAAAGGAAGCCAAAGGUCUUUUUAGAAAGUCCUAUUUCUUAGUACGUCAUACACGUUAGGGCUGUGUUUUAGAACCAUUUUCUUUUUCACUAAGUAGGUCAUUAAAUUUAUCAUUUGACGAUGGUCGACAUUUGUUCUUUAGCAAUUAUAAGCAUGGACAUUACGUACUUUUUUUAAAUCUACGAACGCAAUCCCUCUCGCGCGCGCAAAUAGCUCUAAAAUUUUUAUAACAAAGACAUG